CCAAACACACCACCCAUUAACAAUGAAGUGGAGCAAGAGCAACAGCUUUGUUUCAAAUGGCCAAUUUACCGCAUUUGGUCAGCAACCUAUCGUCUCUCAAGCGUUUAUCUGGUAGCUCCAAUGUAUCGCUUGGCCACAUGCCAAAUCGAGAAGAACAUGGCGACAAUUCGUGAUGCUACAUUUUGUUUCUUGACAAACCACACUGAGUUUGUUGCACACAAGCGCAGGAUCAGUACCCAGUUCUGGAGUAACAAAUUCUGUACUGACACUUUCGACCGUCAUUCCCUAGACGAGGCAAAAGAGACAAAUGGUGAAAACAUGACUCUAUUCGCAGUUGUUCGUCACCCCAUCGACCGUUUUCUGAGUGGCUACGUAGACAAAUGUCACAAGAAAACGAAAGGUGCUUCGGAUGCAGAGACGACAUGCGGUGUUUCGUCGAAAAACUAUUCAAGACCCUUAUUGGUAUAUUACAAUGACUCCAUCAAAAGGACACGAAUGACCAACUACUACGUACGACAUUUCGCUCCCCAAACAUGCGAGUACAUCCUUAUCAACUAUCACACUGGAGUAAACGGGACGCGGAGAAUCGCAGAUGACUUCGACAAAGUGUACAAACAAGCCCAGGUGCCGGCCAAUCUUCGGUCCAAUAUUCACAGCGAGAUGCUA